UGCAGCUGCAGCACCGAGGAGCAUUAAAAUCGCCGUGUUUGAUCACCGGCGGUAAACAGUCAACAUGGCUGCCUCCGUGAGGAAAGCAGCUCACGACAUAGAAACGCGAAAGCGGACGGAUGAUGUGCUUCUGUCGGAGGGGAUCGACUUCAACUCCUUGCUGCUGUCGCAGGCCGUGCUGGACGGACUGUCCGCCGCAGGCUUCCAGAAACCUUCCCCCAUCCAGCUCAAGGCGAUCCCGCUGGGCCGCUGCGGACUCGAUUUGAUUGUACAGGCCAAGUCCGGCACGGGGAAGACUUGCGUGUUCUGCACCAUCGCCCUGGACUCUCUGGUCUUGGAGAAUCCUGCAACUCAGGUUCUUGUCCUGGCUCCUACACGUGAGAUAGCGGUGCAGAUCCACUCAGUAAUCAUGGCCAUAGGCUGUGCCAUGGAGGGCCUUGAGUGUCAUGUUUUCAUUGGCGGCAGGCCUGUGAGUCAGGACAAGCCCCAUCUGAAGAAGUGCCAUGUAGCUGUGGGAUCACCCGGUCGUAUCAAGCAGCUUAUCGAGCUGGGCAUGUUGUCCACCGCCAGCAUCAGACUGUUUGUUCUGGAUGAGGCUGACAAGCUGCUGGAGGAGGGCAGCUUCCAGGAACAGAUAAACUGGAUCUUUUCCUCUCUGCCUGUGAACAAACAGAUGCUUGCGCUCUCUGCCACCUACCCAGAAUUCCUUGCUCAGCAUCUUACCCGCUACAUGCGAGAGCCCACUUUUGUCAGGCUCAAUCCCAGUGACAUGGGCCUUAGAGGUCUGAAGCAGUAUUACAAGCUGGUGCAGUCUCAUCCUUUACCUCACAAGGUUUUCGAAGAGAAGGUGCAGCACUUGUUGGAGCUUUUCAGUAAAAUCCCGUUCAACCAGGCCCUGGUAUUCUCCAACUUACACACAAGGGCUCAGCACCUGGCAGACAUACUGUCCUCCAAAGGCUUGCCUGCUGUUUGUAUCUCAGGAGGACUGAGUCAGGACCAGAGACUGGAGGCAAUGUCAAAACUGAAGCAGUACCAAUGCAGGGUGCUCAUCAGCACUGACCUGACUUCCAGAGGUAUAGACGCAGAAAAAGUAAACUUGGUAAUAAACCUGGACGUACCGCAGGACUGGGAGACAUAUAUGCACCGAAUCGGACGAGCUGGCCGCUUUGGCACUCAAGGGCUGGCUGUGACCUACUGCUGCCAUGGUGAGGAAGAGAACAAGAUGAUGGCCAUUGCUCAAAAGUGCGGCCUGAGUUUGUCCGUGUUACCAUCCAUCAUAGGGCCCGGGUUGAUGGACGAGCCGUGUGACUGGGAUGUCUGCACCGACGCUGCCACUCCGGGUGCCUUAUUCAAGCCCUCCUCCAGGACAGAAAAGAAGAGGCGUGCCAAGUCAGUCAUGGAUCAACCUCUGGAGCACAGCGAUCAAAGAAUACCAAAGAAGUCCCAUCCAGCACCCAGACAGGAAGCAAACGGCAAAGAAAAUUCUAAAGAAAUGUUUCCUGCAAAGGACGCCCGUCCGCAGAAUCUUCCGCAGUCGGUGCCGACUCGAAAAGAGCUGCAAGAUGCUCUGCCAAAGAUCCCUCCUCUCAGCUCGUUCAAGAGCUGUAGGAACAGGUUUAUGACAUUUGAGGAGGCUGAGUGGGACUUCCAGAGCUUCAUUACCACAGGGCCGGGUAGAUCAGUGGACGUCAUCAGGGAGUUCAGAGGUCAAGAGGACGGGCAGAAGGGGCAUACAGAAACUGUCACACUUUAUGAUGACGGAGCUCAGACUUUACGCCAACAUGGAAAAGAGUGGAAAUCUGACUUUUCACGUCCAAGGUCGAUCUCUGGUUCUUCGAGCUUAGAGUCCGAGGAGGAUGAUGACAAAUACAGAACGGUCACCAAGCCUCAGACCGAGGCUGGACAAGUGCCCACCGAACCCAAACCAAAGGCAGAGAUGAUCAAAUCCAAAGCCUGCACUACUUCUGCUCCUCGAGUAUACCCCAAAACAACAUGCUCAUCAAAUGGGAAACCAUCGUCCCAGCCUGAGAAUUAUGAAUCUGUACCGAUGGUCAAAUCAAGCAGACAACCCGAUCAGACGGCUCCAGCACAGAGCAGAAGACACGAAUCAAGAACGAUUAAAGAAAAGAUCGGGAACCGGAGCAAAAAGAUUUCAGGGAAGGCGAACAGUGAGCAAAAAUGGAGGGAAAGAGAUGAGGGAGAACACAGCGACAAUGACGGAGAAGAGGAGUGGAGUGCUGAAACUUACUGGAGAGCCAGCUACAGAGCCUGGAGUGAUUACUACGCCUCCAUGUCUCCUUUUCAAGAGCAAGGUUACUACAAUGUAGCCCACAACUGGAUGGCAGCUUAUCGAAUGAAUGCCGUCUACAUGGAGGAACUCCUGAAACACUGACUCAUCUGUGCUGUUAGUCAGAAUGUCCAAUCAUGCUGUUUUUCUACUGGGAGAACGUGUGCACGAAGUGCCUGCACUUCUGGGGCCUCAUUUAUAAAUCGGACUUAGACGAUUUUGGUCCAUGGCUAUUCCUAAAUAAACCCUCCUCUGUCUUGGCAUUAUGUAUGGGGAAAAGAAGGUGGCAUUGAUUUCAAAUUUCUAAAUCACUGGUGCAUAAGUUACAAAUGGGAUUCCUAACCAAAGUUCUUCAUUCUUGGCAUCGUUUCUGAAUCAGACAUAUCAUUUAGGAGUUUGUUUUUCUUUAAAAAAAUAAAUAAUAAAUGAGGCCCCUGUUCUAACACAUCGUACCUAAGUGUUCAAGGAUGUACUUUAAUUUAUAUCACAUACUGUAAUCUCAGUUGCAUUUCUAAUAAACCACCGAUAUGGCACAUGUA